AUGUUUGCUAGUGAAGCUUUAUAUUUACUAUUGUCUGACAAGGACUCUUAUUUCUCCAAUUUUCCGUGUGUAGGUGUUGGCAAGAGUUGCCUCCUUCUGCGGUUCUCUGAUGGCUCCUUCACUACGAGCUUUAUUACCACGAUCGGUAUUGACUUUAAGAUCAGAACAAUAGAGCUGGAUCAGAAACGUAUUAAGCUACAAAUAUGGGACACGGCUGGUCAAGAACGUUUCCGGACUAUUACCACUGCGUAUUACCGUGGAGCCAUGGGUAUCCUGCUUGUUUAUGAUGUCACCGAUGAGUCAUCUUUCAACAACAUAAGGAACUGGAUCCGGAACAUCGAGCAGCAUGCCUCUGACAAUGUCAACAAAAUUUUGAUUGGCAACAAGGCUGAUAUGGAUGAGAGUAAAAGGGCUGUACCUACUGCGAAGGGGCAAGCUUUGGCUGAUGAAUACGGCAUCAAGUUCUUUGAAACUAGUGCCAAGACAAACCUCAACGUGGAGCAAGUUUUCUUCUCCAUUGCCCGCGACAUUAAGCAGAGGCUUGCUGAGACCGAUUCCAAGCCUGAGGACAAGACCAUCAAGAUUAACAAGGCAGAAGGCGGCGACGCCCCGGCAGCUUCGGGGUCUGCCUGCUGUGGCUCUUAA